GACUCUCCCUUCAAACGGGAAACAAGAUGGCGGCUGCAGGUCCGAGUACUCGGGCCUCUUCCGCGGCGGCAGCGGCCGCUCUGAGUCGGCGGGGCCGGCGGGGCCGCUGUGACGACAUGGCGGCAGCUAAGACUGGGGCCCCAGGCCCGGCUUCUGGACCUUCGCUGUUGGUGUUGUCGCCGCCGUUGCUGCAGCCGCCGCGGCCGGAGGAAUCGGGCUGCGCCGGGUGCCUAGGGUCCCCGGGGGAAGCGGCGGCCCUGCCGUGCGGCGACCCGCUGUGCCCAGGCUGCUCCCAACGCGCCGCUGACGCGGCGGACCCGGGUUGCCCUCGCUGCCGCGCCCGCGGCCCAGGCUGGGCCCGCCGUCGGGCCCGCGACGACGGCCAGGCCGACGCAGAGGUGCUGGGCGAGCGCGCCCGCCGCAGCCAACCCGAGCGCUGCCGCCCGCGCCGGGACGGGGGCGCGGCUGCCGCGGGGCCCGGGCCAGACCAAGAGCCGCGUGCCGCGCCUGCGGAGCCAGACUUUAUAUUCAGAGCACCAAUCAAAUUAAGCAAGCCUGGGGAACUUCGUGAGGAAUAUGAAAGCUUGAGAAAGCUGAGAGAAGAAAAGUUACAAGAGGAAAAACCCUCUGAAGAUCAAAUCCACAAGCUGUUACCAGAGGAUACAGAAACAGGGAAAAGGAAAAUGGAUGAACAGAAAAAAAGAGAUGAACCAUUAGUACUGAAAACAAAUCUGGAACGUUGUCCUGCACGUCUCUCAGAUUCAGAGAAUGAAGAACCUUCUCAAGGCCAGAUGACACAGACACAUCGCUCAGCAUUUGUUUCCAAGAACAACUCCUACUCCUUAGCUUUCCUGGCAGGGAAGCUAAACUCCAAGGUGGAAAGGAGUCAGAGCUGUAGUGACACAGCCCAGGAAAGAGUUAAGAGCAGACUCAGAGCAGCUCCAGGCAACAAAGCCAAGGUCACAACUAUGACUCCAGCCUCCAACCCCAUCAUUGGUGUCCUCUUGUCAACUCAAAACAACCGCUGCCUCUCAGCCCCUGACUUAACCAUCGAAAAGCGUCUACCCUUCAGCUCCCUUUCAUCCUUGGCUUCCCUGCAUAAGCCAGAGCGUUCUAUCAGCCCUGAGAGCAAUGACAGCAUCUCCGAAGAACUAAACCAUUUCAAGCCCAUUGUCUGCUCACCAUGUACCCCUCCCAAAAGACUGCCUGAUGGCCGUGUGCUAAGUCCCCUCAUCAUCAAAUCAACUCCACGCAACCUAAACAGAAGCCUGCAGAAGCAGACUUCUUAUGAAGCCAGUCCACGGAUCCUCAAAAAGUGGGAACAGAUCUUUCAGGAGCGACAGAUCAAAAAGACCCUGUCAAAAGCCACUCUUACCUCUCUGGCUCCUGAAAUGGGGGAAGACUUACUAGGCUCUGAAGGUAUCCAUUCUAGCAAGGAGAAGCCACUUGUGGCUGUAAAUACAAGAUUGUCCAGUGGGCAGGUCCUCUCUGAAUAUACUGGACCCAUAUCUGCCGAUCUUGAUUAUUUCCCCUCUGUUAGCCAAACAAAAGCAGAACAUGACAGUGAUAAUAAAAGUAACACUGAGAUCCCACUGGAAACCUGCUGUUCCUCAGAACUCAAAGUGGGAGGCAGUGGGACUUCUUUGGAGAGGGAGCAGUUUGAGGGCUCAGGGUCAACUCCAGAUGCCAAGUUAGAUAAAACCUGCAUAAGCAGAGCCAUGAAAAUCACCACAGUUAAUUCAGUGCUACCCCAAAACAGUGUUUUGGGUGGAGUCCUCAAAACAAAGAAACAAUUGAAGACAUUAAAUCAUUUUGAUCUGACUAAUGGUGUUCUAGUCGAGAGCCUAAGUGAAGAGCCACUUCCUCCUUUGCGUCGAGGCCGGAAAAGACACUGCAAGACCAAGCACUUGGAACAAAAUGGCUCCCUUAAAAAACUGCGACAAACCAGUGGUGAGGUGGGUCUGGCCCCAGCAGACCCAGUCCUGCGAGAGAUGGAGCAGAAACUUCAGCAAGAGGAAGAGGACCGACAGUUGGCUCUGCAGUUGCAGCGCAUGUUUGACAACGAGAGGCGGACUGUGAGCCGGCGAAAAGGAAGUGUGGAUCAGUAUCUCCUGCGGUCCAGCAACAUGGCCGGGGCCAAGUAGCACCUAAUGAACAGUGUUACCUAGUUUUAAAAGGUCUUCGGCCUUGAUCAUUUAUCCUGAAGAGCUGAGUGUUCUCACUUUGGUUUUAUUUUAAUGGCAAAACACUGUCUAAUAUGGUUCUGAGAGGUUCCAGGGACUUUGUAGUCAAUAUCCAAGGGAGCAGCAUUUCCGUUUCUCUGUGACCCAGGCCAGAAGCCUAAGUAACCCAUCCCUGAGGGCUUCUGGGCCAAACCGGGCAGCACCCACUGGGAAUGAGAUUUGGAACAGCCUCAUUCAGGAACAUAAUGGCCACAGUUAGUAAUGGUAAAGAGGGGAUACCUGCUUAAACUGAUAGACUUCCUGACUUCUUUCAGCAGGGUAUUGUUUUAAAUCAGCCUUGCAGACAAAAAUUAAUUACAUCUUUUUCAAAGAAGUGAACAGUUCCUCGGCAGAUCCAAAAUGAUAAUGGUUAUGUUCCUCUCUGCCGUCCCUUGCCAAAAAAUAAAUACCUAUCUAUAUCAGUUAAGCUUAUGCCUUUACAAAAGUUAAUUUACGUUCUCUGUUUAAAAAAAUAACAUUUGGUGAAUGCUAUAUAGUUGACAGAACACAUUUACAGACAUUAUUUAAUUUAGUGUUUCCAAGAGACCUCUCAUGUAACUGGCAUUAGCCCCAUUUUUAGAUGAUGAAACUGCAGCACAGAUGUUCCAGUUCUCUCAACUACUAAGAGGCAUAACCCAUGGGUUUUCUAAAGGUUUCCCAAAUAGAUUACGACCUAAGGGUGUGCCAGGGGAGCCUAGGGGAAGCUAGACUGGGCAUUGAACGCAGAUAGUGCAAAAUCCACAUGCAAACAAGAUCGACAGGGUAGAUAAACAUAUACUAUGUAUUAUCCCCAUCCCCCACAGUUUACAGCCUUCUGCUUUUCUGGGGGUUUCAGCCUAUGAGACAAACUAUAAUCAGGCUUAAUUAUUACUUUUCACAUGGCCAAGGGUUAUCUGCAAUGUUGAUCUAAAAUCCGAAAAAUUUGCCCUGAAGUCAGGCAAAGAACAAUACUGAAACUCCAUACUAUGGAAACAAGGUAUCUAGCUGGAUGCAGCUGGUAAAUUCAGUCCCAUGGACCUUUGGGGGUUUAUUUUCCUUAGCAGCUGACACCAUGUGUCUUUUGCAUCCCUGGUGGUGCUUGGUGCUUCUGCCCAUCUGGGCUCAUUGAGAAUAGGGAUCAAGAUAUGAUUUUAGGGAAUUUCUGAUGGGCUGGCAUUCCCCAUGUAUGUAUAAGUUGUUACUAUAAAGUCAUGUGACUGGCAUUUUAACAGACCUUCCAGAGCUUAUAUAUCCCAAUAUAUGUUGUCUGCUUUGAGUAGCCCCAGCAGGAUACUGCUUAGUUUUUCCAAUGCCAUUGGUGAAAGCAUUUCUGGAACAGUCUUCAAAGACUAGAAACACUGACUCCCAAAAUGCUAGAACUGGAGGGGACCUUAAUGGUUAUCUAUUCCAGCCUACUCCUAAGGUCCUCCUCAGCUUCUAGACCUAGAAGCCAAAGCCCAGAACAGUGACCCAUUGAUUAAGGCAGAUAGUAUAACUCCUUUUAAUUGUUCUCAGAUUUGCCUCCUUUUUCUUAGGGCAAAUCUUCAGUGUUUUGUGGUGGUUUGUGAUUAGGAGAGAGAGUUUAAAGUCAGACUAGCCAGCAGCUAUUUGAAGCCUCUGGGAAAGAAGGUGGCUUAUCAAGUGGGUUUGCAGUAAUAAAUGGAGUGCUGCUGUAAAGCAGUCAGAGCCAUUUUCUUGUGUAGCUCAUAGUUCCCAAACAGUUCCCAAAGAGAAGUUCCAGAGAUGUCUUAAACAUUGUGGUCAUCAUUGAGAUAGGUAGAAUCUCUUUGAUGACUACUUUGGUGGGGAACAUCACUCACCUGAAUGUAUGUAUUCUGUGUUCUGUGUGUGUGUGCACAUGCGCAGAUGUAUGUUUUAAAAACAUAUGUCAAUCUCAUGAUUUUAUAGUCACACCACUUCAGUUUUAGGCCCUACCAACAACUUAUGUUCUCCAAGGGCUGCUGGAGGGCGUGUUUGUGCCCAAAACAGAAGAGCUGGCUGUGGUUUACAGAAGACAGGGAGGGUGACCUUACUAUAAACGCCCUUAGAGGAAACUUAUCAGUUACUGCCAUUUCACGCAUUUCCUUUUUGAUCUUAGUAAAUAUUAUUGGAAGGCAAGUCUUAUUGGUAGGAGCAAAAACACUUAUUUUUCCACUUGCCAUCUUUUUCUAUAUCUCCAGUAAUUCGAAAAACACUUUUCAGUUGGAACUGAUUUUUGUCUUUGGUAAAAAGAAAUAUUUUUAAUAGAUAAAAGAUAUAUAUUUUAAAUAUUUCCCCAAAUUAAUACUUUCAUUUUAAGAAUUGCAUAGCAGUCGCAACAAGUGCAGAGUGAAGAACAAAUUCUUGUUAAGCAAAUAUUCAAAACACUAGGUCCAGCUUACUGCCCUCCCUGCUCGUACCUACAGCGAUGCCUAGGAUGGUAUUGGCAGUUGUUUUCUGAACUUCCUGCUGAGCAACAGUCCUUCAAUAUAGGUAGAGUGGUCUAGGUUAAGGAGGGCAGAGGCUUGAUCUUUAAUCAGGUUGGCUUUGGAGAAAGGAAAAACCACUAAGAUAAUCUAUCCGUAUUUUAAGAUGUUUCCCAUUCUUAGUAACUAAAACCUGAAUGCUUUUUCUUUCUGAAAAGUCUCCCUCUCUCCUUUCAUGAUUGUGAAGUUGGUUACAAGUUGAUAUGUUAAUAUGGAUUAUUGGGGAAAAGAAAAGGACAAGGAAGGAAACAGAAUGAUGGGGAGGGUUUGUGAGCUAGAAGAAGAGGUGCAGGAUUUCACAAAUUCCUCACAAAUCAUUGAAGUCCAGUUCACCACACAAAUUACCCAUGUCUUACUCUGUUCCUUGUACAUAUGCAGUCUGUGGGUAUUUUUCUUAUUAAAGGGGAAGGUAUGAGAGGUGGGAUGGUGAAGGUCAGUCUGAGGGGAAAUCCAAGAAAUGUGGUGCCCUCAGAAGGGGGCUGUCAGCUCCUUUCCAUAGAGAGGGAAACAUACUUUGAGAAAAUGUUCUUGACCCGUUGAUUGUAUCUGCUGGAAGAAGUCAUCUGGGCCUGUUGGGUUGGUAGCAAAUCAGGGGACUAUGUAUCCAGCUCCUGGCCCCUUUCAUAUAAUUGCCUCUGUUUUUAAAAAGGUUAAGUCUUGUUGGGUGAGGCUUGCCGGGAAAACUCCUAAGUGGCUUCACUUAUUUUUUUAAAUUUUAAUUUAAUUUUUAAAUUUUUGCCUGAAAGAAGCACUGGUGAUAAGUGUUUUAUUUUUUGUUCAUUUUCCCUAAAGGAAAAAUGUCCUUAAGAGAUUAAAGUUCUUAAUUGAUUACUGUCUGGUUACAAACUGGCAAACUGACUAAAAUGGGAAGCUGCCACCAUGCCUGACUCAUGAAGCUGAUGACUGAAGGCUAUUCAUCCUUUCUUUUCUAUUUGACAAACAUUUACUGAGCUUCAAACUUGUGCCAGCCCUGAGCUGGACUGUGGAGGUAAAGCAGUUCCUGCUCUUGAGGAGCUCCAUGUCUAAUGGAAUGCAUUUGAAUGUAUGUGUGGCUGGGGAGUUUAUUUAUGGUCUUAGGAAAGCCAUUUCUGGUCCCAUUUAGGAUACUGCCCAGCACCCGGCAGGCUGCAUUCUACAUUUUAGAGACCCCAUCGGUAUUUGUGAAUUUGCACCAUUGCUUUUCUUUUACUAAGUCAUGUUAUGGAAGGAGAAUGAAUUUUCUCGUCUAGUAAUUACAGGACAUUAACAUCUCUUCAGAUGCUGCUUUUAGCUUAAGCUCCAAGAAAUGAGGUGGGUUGUGGAUCACUGACAUGGUCAGGGGAGGCCCACACCUCAAUUUAGUAACCUCCUAAUCUCUCCCCCAACCUGAUCUCUCAUCAGAGCUGGCAGCAACUUGGGAUUCCUUUCCUUUUUCCUGCCUAACUUUUCAUUGAAAUGCCUAGUAGGAGAAUGGGAAAAGAGAAGAAUCAAAAGCUGGGUCACAGCCAUAGAAUGUUAUAGCUGGAAUGGGCAUGGAAAUCAUCCAGGUUAAACUUCUUCUCUGCCCCCCACCCCCACCCCCCCUUUUUUCUUUUUAACCAAACAAGGAACUUGCGAUCCAGUGCCCUAUUUUAUAGUGUAGUUUUCCAGGGUCUGAAUAAAUAAUCGUUAAAGUUUGACACAUGCAGACACACACACCAAUGAUGGGGAUACCCCCAAAUGAUUUAGGAGGCUAUUUUACUAGCUUUUUCUUCCUGAUUUUUUCAGUUAAAUGUACCUAUAGACCCUGAAUACAUGCUCAGGUAGAGAAAGUCUCCAUAGUAUAAGUAAUAUGAAUGUGGAAUCUUGGAGAGUGAUGUAUUUUGAUUGGAAUAAUCUUAAUUAAAUUUAAUGAUUUUAAAAUUAAAAGCCAGCUAGCCAAAUUUUCUUUAAAAACUGGAAACUCACUCUGGUCUUAAAUUGUUCUCAGCCAGCCUUUUCCUCAUCAACCCAUAGAGUGGUCUUUUGAACUGGUAUCUAAACAUAGCUGGUUAUGAAUUCUCAAAGAGAAAGCAGGUCUGGGGCAGGGUGGUCAUGGGGCAGAUUCUAGGGAAAGUGUUGAAGAGAUUUUCUUCUGAAGAUGAUCUAGGAAAUGCAUCUUUAUACAUGACUGUUAUCCGCUGUAGCUUUCGGAAGAUCAUAGAAAAGAGACUAAGAUAUAUGCAAGGGUCACCAGUUUAGAGAUUAGUCAAAUUGGAUGAAGGAAAAAGUGCCAAGACUGGAUGUGCAGAUUAUUCUCCGUAUUAUCAGUAUUUUUUUUCCUCCUAAGAAAAAAAUUUACUCUCUCUCCUUUGUGAGUAAAUCCCUCCGUAAUGCCUUUUGAGUAAGGUGGCAACUUGUAGCCAUCAUCUUGUGAGAGGCAACCUCAAACUCUGAGCAGACUCCCUCUCUCCCUUUCUGGUGUCUUAAAUCAAGAACUAGUUUGAAGCCAAGGCAAAGCAAGGUUUUUUAUCUUCCUUUCCUGUCAUUUAAUAUAAGGUAAAACAGAAAAUGAACUCACUCUUCAAAUACCAUAGUUCAAGAGUAGCUGUUGGCCCUGGUUCCAGAUUAAUAUAGCAGCAGGCAGACUGCCCCUUGUUGGGGCCACCACCCUCCAAAGCUGUGCCACCAAUGAGAGCAGGGGUUCUUCCUCAUUGGGUUCAAGUUUGCAUCAAACAUGGUAUUACCAAUGCUGAGCCUCCAGCAGAGCACUUAAAAGUCCUAGUGAGAGAAUAGAUACUAUGCAAGGGAAAAAAAUUUAAAUGCCAACAAAUAAGUUUUUUUUUUUUUUUGAGCCUGAUAUACUGUUUACUCUCAACUCUUUUUGUACAAAUAUUGUUGUCCUAAGGGCCUUUUCCCCUCCUGCCUAGAAAAUAGGUUGUGUGUUGGUUUUAUUCAACCUGCUGUCUGCUUUAGGAUUGGAGAAGGUACCUGGAUCCUUGUGGACUGCCACUGCUGGCUGCCUCCUCUCCAACUCAUCAGAAGAACAUUUUGACAAAGACAGAGGACUUGGACCAGGGCAUGCCCUGUUGGGGAUGCUUCUGUCAGCAAGGACAUGGCAUGGAAUCAAGUGGGCUGAUGUGUUGUUAUUUAAACAGUACCAAAGCGCAUUCUUCAAUGUAUGUUUGCCUGCUUGAGGUUAGGCCCAAGUUGAGAAUACAGUAAAGUCAUCAAAGUGGA